AUGAGUGUAACGGUCCAAUCCGCAACCGACCCAGGACUCACCCUCUCCAAAGACCGUUGCGUCCCGGGCUCUGUCAACAUUCCACUGGCAAAAUGGCCCAAGACCGCCGAAUCUACGUCCGUGCCGCCAGACGAAGUUGCCGACAAAGUUGUCCAAUCGAUCAACGCCUCCCUCCAGCGAGAAGACACCCAGGCGAUCGCUGACCUCUUCCUCGAAGAUGGAUACUGGCGCGACCACCUCGCCCUCUCAUGGGACAUGCAUACCCUGAAAGGCCGGGGUAAAAUCGCCUCGUUCCUGGCACAACGGUGUCCUCUUACGAACUUUGAGAUCGACAGAAGUACAGCAUACCGCUCGCCACAGCUGGGCGCAUUCGACGGCACUGGCGAUGUCAAGGGUAUCCAGUUCUUCACCAAUUUCACGUCUCGCGCCGGAGCCGGACAAGGCGUCGUCCGCCUGGCUGAGAAAGACGGCAAAUGGCAGAUAUUCACUUUCUUCACCGUCCUCCGCAACAUCUCCGGCCAUGAAGAGCUGGUCAAUCACCGCCGACCAAAGGGGGUCGAGCAUGGUGGAAAGAUCGAUCGGAAGAACUGGCAGGAGCGGCGGACCCAGGAUUUUGAUUUUGAGAACAAGGACCCGGUCGUCCUGGUUGUUGGUGCUGGCCAAGCUGGGCUGACAGUGGGGGCUCGACUGAAGAACUUGGGCGUCGACACCUUGCUCAUCGACAGCGAGGACCGAAUUGGUGACAAUUGGCGAAGGCGAUACCACCAGCUCGUGCUCCACGACCCCGUCUGGUAUGACCACAUGCCAUACAUUAAUUUCCCCGCGCACUGGCCAGUCUUUACGCCGAAGGACAAGCUGGGCGAAUUCUUCGAGUCCUACGCCAAGCUCCUCGAGCUCAACGUAUGGGUGAAGACAACUCUCGAAUCAACCGCCUGGGACGACGCAAAGAAGUUGUGGACGAUAACCGUCAAGCGCACCAAGCCGGACGGCACCACCGAGACACGCAGCCUCCACCCAAAGCACGUCAUCCAAGCCACAGGACAUUCUGGCAAGAAGAACUUUCCAUCCACCACGAAAGGUCUUGCCAACUUUGAGGGCGAUGUCCUCUGUCACUCCUCCGAAUUCAAAGGUGCCAAACCCGCGAGCAAAGGCAAGAAAGCCGUUGUGGUGGGAUCAUGCAACUCCGGCCACGAUAUUGCCCAGGACUUUUACGAAAAGGGUUACGACGUCACACUCGUGCAAAGAUCAACAACAUGUGUCAUUUCGAGCGAGGCUAUCACAAACAUCGGCCUCGCAGGUCUGUACGACGAAAAUGGUCCGCCCGUUGAUGACGCAGACCUCUGGCUGCAUAGUCUCCCCAGCGAAGUCUUGAAAUCGUUGCAAGUCAAGGUGACGGAACUCCAACGCCAACAUGACGCCAAGACCCUCGAAGGCCUAUCGAAAGCCGGCUUUAAACUUGAUUCGGGUCCAGAGAAUUCCGGCCUGUUUAUGAAAUACUUCCAGCGCGGUGGCGGCUAUUACAUCGACGUCGGCGGUUCGCAGUUGAUCAUUGACGGGAAGGUCAAGAUGAAGCAGGGGCAGGAGAUCGAUGAGAUCUUACCGCGCGGUAUCCGCUUCGCAGACGGCUCGGAGCUCGAAGCGGAUGAGAUCAUUUUCGCUACGGGGUACCAGAACAUGAGGACACAAGCACGAGAGAUCUUCGGUGAUGAGAUCGCCGACCGGGUAGGUGAUAUAUGGGGUUACGACGCUGAAGGAGAAAUGCGCACAAUCUGGCGCCAGACCGGCCACCCGGGAUUCUGGUUCAUGGGAGGGAAUCUGGCGCUGUGCCGGUACUACUCGAAAUUACUGGCACUCCAGAUCAAGGCGUCGCUUGAAAAGCUAAGCUAG